AUGGUGGGAAUGCAGCCCACAGCCUGGUCUUUAGCAGGCUGUGCCAAAGACUCACACUGCCUCUCUCCUCUCCCCACAGAGAUCCCCCAGUGUGCUGGCUGCAACCAGCAUAUCCUGGACAAGUUCAUCCUGAAGGUCCUGGACAGACACUGGCACAGCUCCUGCCUCAAGUGUGCAGACUGCCAGAUGCAGCUGGCCGACAGGUGCUUCUCCAGGGCAGGGAGCGUCUACUGCAAGGAGGACUUCUUCAAACGCUUCGGCACAAAAUGCACAGCCUGCCAGCAGGGCAUCCCCCCGACCCAGGUGGUCCGCAAGGCCCAGGACUUCGUCUACCACCUGCACUGCUUUGCCUGCAUCAUCUGCAACCGGCAGCUGGCCACAGGAGACGAGUUCUACCUCAUGGAGGACGGGCGGCUGGUGUGCAAGGAAGACUACGAGACUGCCAAGCAAAAUGAUGACUCUGAGGCAGGAGCGAAGCGGCCACGGACCACCAUCACAGCGAAGCAGCUGGAGACACUAAAGAACGCCUACAAGAACUCCCCCAAGCCCGCCCGGCAUGUAAGGGAGCAGCUCUCCUCUGAGACAGGACUGGACAUGAGGGUUGUACAGGUUUGGUUUCAGAACAGAAGGGCCAAGGAGAAACGCCUGAAGAAGGACGCAGGGCGGCAUCGCUGGGGGCAGUUCUAUAAGAGCGUCAAGAGGAGCCGGGGAGGCAGCAAGCAGGAGAAGGAGAGCUCUGCAGAGGACUGUGGGGUUAGUGACAGUGAGCUGAGCUUCCGAGAGGAUCAAAUUCUCUCAGAACUUGGCCACACCAAUAGGAUUUAUGGCAACGUGGGGGACGUUACAGGCGGACAGUUAAUGAAUGGGAGCUUCUCCGUGGAUGGGACAGGACAAUCCUAUCAGGACUUGAGGGAUGGGAGCCCCUAUGGAAUCCCCCAGUCUCCAUCCUCUAUAUCGUCCCUGCCAUCCCACGCUCCUUUGCUGAAUGGGCUGGAUUACACGGUGGACAGUAAUUUGGGCAUCAUUGCGCAUGCAGGGCAGGGAGUAAACCAGACACUGAGAGCCAUGGCUGGGGGACCCACCUCUGACAUCUCCACAGGAAGCAGUGUAGGCUAUCCCGACUUUCCAACUAGCCCAGGCUCUUGGCUCGAUGAAAUGGAUCAUCCUCCUUUUUAAACUUCUCUCCUCCCCAUCCUACCUGUCCUGGCUUGAGAGAAUAUCUUCAAGGAUCAAAAGAGACUUGCCUCUUAAGGAUCAAAGGUGCACCAAUGUGAAUUUCCAUUAUUUUCAAUGGAAGUCCUCUGCUGGUUUCUGGAAGGCUGAGAGACCACAUUAGGCCUUGCUUCCUUGGGAGGUGGAGGGAGAGCAGCCUCAUCUCACACACAGCACAGGGGUGGACAGCCUAGAACUCCAGGGAUGCUGACUUGUUGGCUCUCCCCCUCCUGCCCUGCUUAGAGGCUUCGGCUGCUUAGUGUUUUGGUGGCACUAGGUGACUGUGACAGGCUACCUUGGCCUUGGGAACUCUACUCCAACUGCUGUGUCUCACACAAUGCCUCCCAAACCACUGCUCUCACCAGAACCACGAUUCCUGAGGUGGCGGCAUCACAGCCCAUUGAGUAUAAUAAAAUGAUUUCUGGACCACUCUGAUUAAGCCCUGAUUUUCAAAAUUAAAAAGUCCGUUAUUAAAGGUUGGUGAAAAUGUUGAUGGCCGCAGUUUGAUACUAAAAACAUGCCCCCUCCCUUUUUGUUUGUUGCUGUGAAGAUACAACUUCUUUCUUACUUGAAAGUACAAACCAGAGAAUACUUACCAGUUUUGGUUUUUAAGAAAUCCUAUCUAUAUCACUGAAUCCCUGAUGGUAAGAAGUGAUUUUCACUGCAGGUGACUCUUGAGGUUACAGCUGGGGUGGCUCUGGACUUUCACAGACUGGCCGAUGAGUCCCCAUGGUGCAUAGUGUGCCUUUUUAAUUUACUUGUAUCUUUUACUCCCCCAGGUAGGAUGUGGGCUACAAAAUGAUCAAAGCUAGACUAUGGAGAGAGUAGAACGACAAUCAGUGAAAACAUUUGUAGACACAUUUGGAUUCCAAGCAUGCAGUCUGUUUAGCCUCCUUGGCAGAUGCGUCUCCCAGAGAUCCCCAUCCUUUGUAAAAUAAAAUUUGGAGAGUCUGCUUUGAGGGAGUUGGUUUAGAUGAGCUUUUGAGUGUACUACUCCUCCUUCUUAAAAGUGAAAGCGUCCUCUGCUGUACAAGCUGACUCAGUUGGAGGACGAUCUUGGUCGCUUCCAGGAACCAGCAAUAUUUUUUGUCCUAGUUUGGUUGGGAGGAAUAAUCUAGGGAGAAGCCUUAAAAUUGUCAAAAGGGUUCCAAGUAGUCCUUGAGCUGCAUCUCUUUGGGUUGCUUGCUGGACUUGUGCUGUGCCCUGGGCUCCAGUCCUGCACCAAAGCCAGAGUUCUCUGGGCAGUGGCAGUGCAAGGACUCCCUCAUGUCACUAAGCCUGCGAGGCAGGGCCAGUCCCUGCUUCAUGAGCUGCCACUCUGUGACAGGGUGCACUUCUGUGCUAUCAGGAUGCUCUCCUGGAAAUUCCAAAUCCCCAGUUUGCAGCUAGGAAUUUAGCCAGCUGGAAUUUAUUCCUACCCCUUGGAAAAGUGUGGUUUGCUUCUUCUAGCCCCAUAAUCUCUUAAGAUCAGUGGGGGAGGAAAGGGGAAGAAGGUAUUGUCUUUCCUUCACAUGAUGAGACCAAAAGCCCUAGAGAGAGACCCUUCCUUCUGUGAAUGGUUGAUCACUUUUGAGGACUGCAAAGAUUUAGGCAUGUGGUAGGCAGACUAAAGGAAGAAAUAAGACAGUUUCUCUGGCUGUUGUAUCAUUUGCAAGCCCCUCUUUAAGACUACCCUUAGUUCAGUUAAGCUUCUUUAAAGGAUAGAGUCAGUAAAUUCGUGGAUCAGCCUUCAGGCUCCUUUUCUCUCACCAGUUUUGUACUGUACCCUUGUUUUUGGGUGGGCUGCAACUGCCCUGAUCGUUUCCUGGGAAGUCAGCAGCACAGACUUAUUUGAGGUUCCGUACUUACGGAUGGUGGUGUGUUAAGUCUACCUAAUUCUGUGCUACUGAAAUUCCCCAACAGUGUGAAUGCUGUUUGGGGAUGGAGACACAAACACUAGACAAUAAGUCAUGUGAAGGAAAGGAAAUUGCAACUGUCUGGAGGCCACCUUCUUUAAACAUACCAGUCUCAG